AUGGGUGACCUGGGGGUCCUGGAGAACCUGGUGGCUAACACAGCAUACCUGAGGGCCCAGCAGAUGGACCGGUCUGAGCUGAGAAAACACAGGCUGAGCCUUUCACUGCCCAAACCCAAGAGUCUGAGGUCUCAGGAAGCAGUGGUGAAGCAGUACGAGUCGUUGUGUGAACAGCAGCCCAUAGGCAAAAGGCUGUUCCAGCAGUUUCUCACUUCUGAUCCACAGUACAUUGCCGCUGCGAGGUUCUUAGAAGAGUUGAGAGACUACUACUACGCUGAAGGUGUAAGCAGGAGACUUGUUCAGAAGAAGAUCAUUAACACGUUCGGUCAGACUGGCUCAAAGAGUUUUCUGUCAUUUUUAACUGGAGAUGGAGCUAAAGCACUGGAGAAUCUUUCAGAAGACAACUUUGAAGAGGUUAUUGGCACAAUCAAAGAGGCCGCAAGGGAAUUCUUGAAAGGAAGGCCUUUCAUGGAAUAUCUGGAAAGUCCAUUCUAUUACAAGUUUCUGCAGUGGAAAGAGUAUGAGAAACAAACAAUCAGCGACAAAUACUUUUAUGAGUUCAGAAUUUUGGGGAAAGGUGGUUUUGGUGAGGUAUGUGCAGUGCAGGUGAAACAUACUGGCCAGAUGUAUGCCUGCAAGAAACUUCAUAAAAGAUGCCUCAAAAAGAAAGGUGGUGAACGUCUAGUCCUUCUGGAGAAACAAAUCUUAGAGAAAGUCAACAGUCUAUUCAUUGUAAAUCUUGCUUAUGCAUUUGAGAACAAGACCCACCUGUGCCUGGUCAUGGACCUCAUGAAUGGAGGAGACCUCAAGUUUCACAUCUAUGAUCUUGGGACAAGAGGUCUUCGAAUGGAUCGCAUUGUUUACUAUUCAGCUCAGAUUACAUGCGGGCUCUUGCAUCUUCACUCCAUGGACAUCAUCUACCGUGACAUGAAGCCAGAGAACGUGCUCUUAGACGCUAAAGGACAGUGUCGUCUCUCUGACCUUGGGCUGGCCGUGGAGCUUCCAGAUGGGAAAAAUGUCUGCCAAAAGGCUGGGACCACAGGCUACAUGGCUCCGGAGAUUCUAAAGCAAGAGCACUAUCGCACAUCAGUGGACUGGUGGUCUCUGGGCUGCAGUAUCUACGAGAUGGUGGCUGCACGACUGCCUUUCAAAGAUUUCAAAGAGAAGGUGCAGACCACUGAGCUGACCCGACGCACGCUAGAGGACACUGUUAAGUUUGAACACAAAAACUUUAAUGAGGCCACUAAAGAUAUCAUAACCCGCUUUCUCAAGAAGAAGACAGACUAUCGCCUUGGUUGUCACAGUGGAGAUGAUCCCCGUAAGCAUGCUUUCUUCAAGGAUAUCAAUUUUCACCGUCUUGAGGUGGGGUUGGUGGACCCCCCCUGGGUGCCAAAGUCUAAUGUAGUAUAUGCCAAGGAUAUGGGUGAGUUCAAAGACAUUUCUGAGGAAGACAACGUGGCUCUUGAUGCUAUGGAUGAGAAAUUCUUCAAGGAGUUUAGCACAGGUGCAGUACCAAUACGCUGGCAGAAGGAGAUGAUAGACAGCGGAGUGUUUGAUGAAUUGAACUGCUUCCAAAUAAAUGGACAUGGCUACGAGACAGCAAAAUCCAGAACAUGUGUCAUUAUGUAG